AUGGUUUUCGUGUUCACAAGCGUGUUCGGAGCCACCUGGUUGACCGUCCCUUGGCUCUACCCAGCUGAGAUCUUCCCACUCACCAUCCGCGCAAAGGGUAACGCACUCGGUGUUGUUGGAUGGUCUAUCGGUAACGGAUGGCCGACCCUCCUAUGCCCCGUCAUGUUCGAGGCCAUCGGAGAGAAGACCCUGUACAUUUUCGGUAUCGCCAACGCUAUUACUUUACCUAUGGUUUGGGCUCUCUACCCCGAGUCCAACCAGCGCACUCUCGAGCAGAUAGAUCUCCUCUUCUCCGCCGACACCCCGUGGAACUGGGCCGCGGAGAAGAACUUCAAGAUGCUCAUGGAUGAGGGUGGCUUGUCGACGGCAGCUCACGCGCCCAAGUCGGACUCCGUCGUUCUCGAUGGCGGCGAGAAGGGUGUCGGGUCGGAGAGUGCUUGA